AUGGACACCCCCUGUAAUGCAACCUUGUUUGAGACACAGAUGAACUCCACCAUCUUCCACCUGGUUAAGAUGGUCAGUAUGUGUGUGAGCUACACCCUGAACACUGUGCUGAGUGUUCCUCUGCUCCUGGUCAUCACAUACCCCCCAUCCCUCCUGAGACACACUCGCUUUCUGCUCCUCACACACCUUCUUUUGUGCGACAACCUACAUCAACUCUUGUGGACUAUCAACGCCAUUCUUUUCAGCUAUAUUGAAAGUAUACCUGUGACCGAGUGUUUGAUCUUCUGUGCUGCCAUCCAGGCUUGUUCUAUGGUGGACCUUUUCCUGAGUACUGCUAUGGCUGUGGACCGCUUUAUAGCUGUAAAGUGGCCCCUGCGCUAUGAAUUCUUGAUGUGUCCUCGAAGGAGGAGAGUAACUGUUGCAACCAUAUGGACCUUAUCAUUUGUUCUUACCAGUGUUACUGUGUGUAUCACCCUGAUCACCAUCCCAUCCAAUUUUUCCCUUCCCCGCUGCCGACCUCUCAUCCUCACACCCUGUGAAAUGGCGACCUCUGCUCUGCUGCUGUACUGCACCGUGGGGACAGCUGUGGUGGUGUUCCUCUGCUAUCUGACAAUGGUAGGAUGCUUCUGCCUGCUCUGCCGGGACAUGCAUAAAGGUCUGCUCUGCACCAGGAGGUCCUACAUCACCAUGACCCUCCAGGCAGCCCAGACCAUUCUCUUUUCAGUUCCUGUGAUCACAAGCAGCUACCUGAUCCCUGGUUACCUGCACAGUGAUGUGUUGGAUAUAGUGACCACUAUCACCUACAGCCUGGGGGUGGCAAUCAUCCCACUGGUCUAUGGCUAUCGCUCAAGGGAACUUCAGCAAAGAAUAAGUCAGGCUACCCACAGGAGCAGAGUUAAUAUCCAAAAUUAA